GAUUCUAUAAUCAGCGAAUGAGAUGCACGGAAGUAGCAAACUGGGAUUGACCUUGGCUUCGGCCUUCGUGUUAUUUUACUUGGGAGGCAUCAAAGCCCAAGGCCAGAGUGACCUCUUCCGGUGCAAUGUGCAGUACAAAUGCUCGGAUGAGAAGGAGUUGGUUUGGGCCAUGGCCGACGAACGUUGCCACGUGUUUCACAACAGGUGUCUGCUGAAGGUGGAGCAGUGUGCCAGAAAAAAUAGUAAUAAAUCGGAGCUGGUCGAAACCACCCAGGAAAUUUGCAAGCCGCAUUGCACCAAGGUCUGUGCGGAUGUCUAUGAUCCCGUGUGUGCGCAAAUCUUCCAGGAGGAGUAUAUAACCUUUAGCAAUGAAUGCGAAAUGCGCAACCAUAUUUGCACUAACGAAAGACCAUACUCCUUUUUUGCGAUUGGCGAAUGCGUUGAGCGACCAGUUGGUUAAGGAAUUGUAAGGUCCCUUUUAUUGUAUUAUUACUUAUCGUGACUGUAAAAUAACAAACUGAGAAAAAAAUGUUUUUAAAUAAAUGUAAUAUUUGCAAAUUAAGGAAUGAUCUGACCUAAAAAGGUUGUGUCCCUUAUAAUCGAAUUGAAAUAAACAGAAUUCAAUCAACUAUCUGACAAAAUUCAAAAAUAGGUACACAAAAGUUAAAAAUAAAACUGUUUUAAUUUUAAUAAGACCACUGGUUUUAACCCAACAA